AUGGUUUCUAUACCAUAUUCUCCAAGUGAGUUGACACCAAAGGAUGUCAUUGCACUGCUGACCAUCAUCAGCGGACUGUACUCGGGAAACUCGCACGGCCCGGCCGGGGCAUCUGUUGCGGGCUCUGGGUCUCAGCCGUCGUGUACCGAUCUCAACUAUUCAUCGGGCCCAGUGUACACCGGGCGUCCUCACUCCGUACACUACAAUGCCUCAAACCACAACUACAGCACAUACCAGACCCCCAUAGCCCACUCGUGGGAAGGAGGACAAGGCAGAUACUCCCCCACGGAUUCUGUAGACGACAUCAUCGCAUCGCCUAACUUGUCCGACUACUCCUUGGACAACGGAAUCAAGCCAGGCAGCGGACGGCCAAGGAACCACGGCAAGAACCGUCCCCAACGACGACCGUCCAAUCGGGAUGAAUUUGACGGCCCUCACCAAUUUUUGCAGCGGCCACCUCCAACCGUGCUGGCUCAGCAGGAGAGAGAGCUGCCGCACCUGCCCACCAACCUGCACAUACAAGAGCAGGAUGCCGUGUUGAGCCAGGUCAAUGACCGACUCUCCCAGUGCGCCUUUGAUUUUGUGGCAAAGUACCAGUUUCCUGUGCCUCUGACGCAGGACAUGCGGCCCGUGGAGCGUCCACAGGACAGGGAGUGGACAGAAUGGGUCUACUUGCUGAAAAGGCUGGCGACCAAGAGGAGGAUACCUGCGCGCGUUCUCUACAAUGGACAGAUCAAGCAGUUUGUCACGAUACUGGAAAACUCACUGGAGAUGCGCCAUGCUGCGAAGCACCAGAGUCGACCACUCAAGGACGACAGGAACAUCCUGCAGCUCAUCUCGGCCGGCAUCCAGGUCGCCAAGAUCCUGAAAGAUGCGUCGGCCAUGGACCAUCUGGACCAACUCUACGUGUCGACGGAGAACCAGAUCCAGGAGCGUACAAAGUCCCGACUUCGAGGCUGA